UGGUAUCGAUUCUCUCUGCGACCGGUUCUGCGGCCAGCACAUCGCUCACCCUUGAUGAGACUGAUGUGCAGAUGACGGCGUACCGUUAUGUUGCCUCCGUUCAGCGGCGCAGCGUAUGUGGAACUGCAGAGGCAAACGGCAGAGACAGAUUCGAGGCAUCCCCGCCAGUCGACCUGCUGGGACCAGAUCUCGCACCGGACAUCCAGCAUCCAGUGAUCGAUCUUCAGCUGCCAUGGAGUAUGUGCAACGCCUGGUGUCCCCACUGGCCACCCACCGGCCGCCAUCUCGAAUCCCAAGGCCCCAGCCCCAGCCCCUCGCCCCGUCACUCAGGACCGCUCCAGUGUGCAGCAAUGUCUGGACACCAGCCAGCAGAGUGCCACCGAGAAGCUUGUCUCUGUGGACUGCAAGCCGCAGGCACUUGCAGUGCGAUCUGUCGGAGGCUGAAAGGAGCGGCAGCAGCACCAGCAGCAGCCAUGAAGACUCGACGAUGUUCCUGCACGCGAGAUUGGACCGCGGGGAGAAGAUCCCUGCUCGUCGCUGUGCUGGCGAUGAUCCGGCGUUGGCCAUGAUUGGGCGUGUGUGCCGUGGCUGGCCACGCUGCCAACAAAUCCACGCUACCUGCGCGAUGCUCCACGGCCGACAAGAAGGAGAGACGAGAGACGAGAGCGGCGAGAGGCGUUCACAGGUGCUUUUCGUCCCAGGUGUCCCUUAUAUCCUCACGUCCAAGCCCGCAGCAGGAGAGUUGUCGUCUGGACUUUGCGUGUGAGAGAAGGCAAUCGGCUUGACCUUAUCGGAUCCGAGCCCCGCAUAAUCCACGGCCAGCCUCGCAACGGCUUCCGCGGCCUCGCCCUGAUUGCGCGAGCACAGCGCAGCGCAGCGCGACAUCACAG